UACAAAAAAUCUCGCAAGUAUCGGUUUCUGAAAAAGGGAAGUCAUUUCCUAGGUAUGUGGGCUGUAUUUACAACAUGGCUUUAUUAAUUGAGUGAAGUCAAUAUUUCUUAAUGAUCAGAACAUGAGGAUGAAACUGUGACUUCAUCUUUCUUUUGAAGUUGGGAGUGCAACUUAAAGGAAGAACUUAAGGAGAGGAGAUUCAAGAGGAGAAAUGUCACAUUGCUUCCAUCUCUAAACAGACCGCAAUACAUUCAUGAUCGUCUCCGCUUGGUACUCCUACAUUGUGCUGCGAGAGACGGUCGUGCGGAAGUGGCCGUACAUUGGGCCAGCGAUUUACCGUUUCCUCUGGCAUUGCAUCAAUACCAUGGGCAACUCAUGUAUCAGUAAGGACCACAGACGUAGGACUCUUGAGCAUGGUGGCACCACUGCAAGUGGGGGGAAUGGCAGCGGUGGUGGACGUUAUUCUGAGACCGAUUACCCCUCUUCACACAGCACACCUACAAAUCACAACUCGGAGCAAUCGGGACAGUCCCUGAAUGAGAACAGGCAGGCCCGGGCUCAGGUCACGCCCCUGUACAUGCUGGCUUCCAGAGACAUGGCGGCCGCGCAACCUACCUUUACCUCGGACAUUUCUCACGUGAACAGCAGUGAUGAUGAGGAGACAGAGCAUGUGAAUCAGCUCAUGUUAAGGACGUUGCAAGUCAUUAGAACUCUUGUGGAUAAUGAACAAGAGCCACCCUAUGCUAUGCUGAGAUUACAUGAAAUAGCUGAAACAGAAAAUGGAUGGUCGAAGGUAGUCCAGGCGAUGAUUAGAGUGAUCCCAAUGGAUGACCCAUUGGGACCUGCUGUAAUCACCCUUCUUAUAGAUGAGUGCCCCCUCCCCACCAUGGAAACUGUCCAAAGGUUGUACAAAGCCCUUGGUAUAUCUGCCCAUCUAGCGAGCGAGGCCAAGUGUAAACCUCAGCGUCAUCGGAACAUUGCGGCCGUCCUGGGCUGCAUCGCAGAGAAGCUGGCUGGUCCCAAAAGUGUCUCCCUUCUAGUGCCAGAAAUCAUUGAGUACUUGUUCAGUUUAUUGGCCAGCAAAGUAAAUCCACAAAUAACAUUGUAUGCCCUCAUUGCUCUUGAGAAGUUUUCACAAACCAGUGAAAACAAGCUCACGAUAAAGAAGGCGGGCAUUGCUGAAAAGCUGGUACCCCUGGCCCAGUGGGCUGAGAGUUCAGACCUAGACCACAGGCAGGUCGGAUUCUGCGCAAGAUGGUGCCUUGACAAUGUCUUCUUUGUACAGGGAAGGUCACUGACCUAUGAAACCAUUGAUCUUGAUGGACUGAACGCCAUGCUCAACGAUAAUGAUGUCAGCGAGUACUUGAAGAUAUCUCCAAAUGGCCUUGAGGCAAGGAGCGAUGUGUUAUCAUUUGAGAGUGUCCGCUGUACAUUCUGUGUGGAUGAAGGUGUCUGGUAUUACGAAGUACGGGUCAUCACGAACGGUGUCAUGCAGAUCGGCUGGGCAACAAAAAACAGCAAAUUCCUCAAUCAUGAAGGAUUUGGUAUAGGUGAUGAUGAGUAUUCCUUCUCCUAUGAUGGAUGCAGGCAGCUGUACUGGUAUAACGCUAAGAGCAGAACACAUCGCCAUCCUCCCUGGAAGUCAGGUGACAUCGUUGGGUUCUUACUGGACCUGGAUAAGAAGUACAUGGCUUUCUCACUCAACGGUAACAUCCUUCCCCCUGAGAGUGAGGUCUUUGCAUCAGCUCAGACUGGCUUCUUCGCUGCUGCUAGUUUCAUGUCCUUCCAACAGUGCGAGUUUAAUUUUGGCCUGACCCCCUUCAAGUACCCUCCUGCUGGUCCAUUCAGAACGUUCAAUGAGUAUGCCAAGCUUACGGCUGAGGAGAAGAAGAUCCUUCCAAGGCAUAAAAAGAUGGAGCUGAUUCACCAGAUGAGCAUCAGUGAAACGGCGUGUAGCUUGUGUUUUGACAAGGAAGCCAGUGUAACCUUCAGGCCAUGUGGACACGGCGGCUUCUGCCCAGACUGUGCAAUCCAGCUCGAACAGUGCCCUCUUUGUCGUACGAUCAUCAUGCAACGUCUGCGGAGCGACUCGUCGACGAUAGGGGUUGAGCCGGGCUCCACGAGCAACCCAAACAACAAUGCAGUGUCAGUGGAGGAGACAGAGGAGGAGCUAGAGGAGGAGGAUUCAUGACGUAGGUGAAACGUGGGUUGGUGCUUGGAAGACGAUGUGUUAGCAACUCGUAUUAAACUGCAACAGCUUCAGGUAGUCUCGGGAUCAUCUCUGUCAGAGUAUUAUGUAUGUAAAGGUCAAAUAUCAGUUGAAUUUUUCUCAUUUUAGAUGAGUGGGAUAAUUGAGCAAUGCCUUGUAAUGUGUCCUGCAAGGCAUGCAGUGCUUCUUCCCCCAUUUAUUUCGAGGGUUCAGUGACACAAAGACCUAACUCCAUAUUUUGCCAAAAUUUUAUCAAAAUGUUUAGAAAAAUGUGGGCUUUCCAGGAAACACAAAGACUUAACU